GGGUAGCGUAAACCUUUUAAUAUCAGUUUGCAACGCAUUAAGUAAACCGAAGAAGUCAACGCGGAAGAAGCUCGCAUUUGUUGACGAAUUCAGUUCAGUCGAAAUAAACACUAUAAUAACUGAUUAAAAAAAAUAGUCUUACAAAUCAUAUCCUGGCAUGCUCUACACUAACGUGAUCGUUCAUUUUGUUGAGUGAAAAGCAUGACUCGUAGGACGAGUGUCGUUUGGGAUUAUUUUGAGGAAAUCGGAACGGAAUGGACAGUGUGCCUGUUGUGUAAACAUGUAUUGCGUAAACAAGAACAUGGCAGAAGUACGACACAGAUGUUGAGACAUUUGCGCGCCAAACACCCCGAGGUGACCGUCAUGGAACUUGGUAAGACCGAAGGACAAGAAUCUUCGACUGGACAAGUAAAAGUGAAUCUGAAGGAGGCAGACUCUAACAUGAUCACUGUAAACGACACUGACAUUGAUUCUUCACUAAAUGGCAUCCCUGAAGCUGCACUAAGAGAGUCCAAGGAAGACAGAAUAGUAAAAGAAGUCGUGGUCCAAAAGCCGCUCCCUUCAAAAACGAAAUCGCGACGCCGGAGUAUGAUCUGGAGACACUUUGAGCGCUUGGAAAAUUUAGAUGCUUGUCAGUGUUUGAUUUGCAAUACGAAGAUAAAGUGCUCGCCUGAGGGCAGCACCGGCAACCUGCACAAACACAUGUCAAAAAGACACCCACAUGUGAACGUUAAAACCGGCGAGAUGCGGAAUCAGCGUACAUCCAACACAUCCUCAGAACUAAAGUCACCGCAUCGUCAGAAGAUAUGUCCAGCAAAUGUCACCAAUGAUGUAACAGUUUUAGAUGUGCUCCAGGUUUCACGGGCAACUGCAGGAGAGAGGCGUGUUUUUAGGAGGGAGCUGGAGUUGAUAGAAGCUAUGAGAAGGACGCAGAGGGAGGAGGCGAAGGCUGUGGAGCAUCAGAGGGAGCUUGUCGAGAAGCUGAGGGCUAUCAGCACCAGAGAGGCUGCUCUUGAGAAAAAGCAUGUUGAAUCUCUUAGGAGAGCACAGCAGGAGGAAGCCCAAAACUUAAGCAAACAAAGAGAAGAACUCGAAAGAGAAAAGGCGGCGUUGCAAAGGAAAUAGGAGCAGAGGAAGGAGUAACAACUCUUGCUUUCUGAAGAACAUCCAACUUCAUUCUCACUAAGUGUGAGAAUGUUUUUUAUUGACUACUUUGGCAUCAUUGCAAAUGUAUGAUUUUUGUUAGGUUUUUUUCAAAUAAAAUCUGUUUUGUAGAACA